AUGGUCGUUUAUGGGGGACCACCCAUGGUCAUUGAUGGGGUCUCUGACCCCAUCUACUACUUCAAGAUCGCCGUGGCCCUGGCCGUGGCCGCCAUCCCUGAAGGCCUCCCCGCGGUGAUCACGACGUGCCUGGCGCUGGGCACGCGCAGGAUGGCCAAGAAGAACGCGAUCGUCAGGAGCCUCCCCUCGGUGGAGACCCUGGGCUGCACCUCGGUCAUCUGCUCCGACAAGACCGGCACCCUCACCACCAACCAGAUGUCUGUCUGCAAGAUGUUCAUCCUGGACAAGGUGGACGGCGACGUUUGCUCCCUCAGCGAGUUCUCCAUCACCGGCUCCACCUACGCCCCCGAGGGAGAAGUGCUGAAGCAGGACCGGCCGGUCAAGGCUGGCCAGUACGAUGGACUGGUGGAACUGGCCACCAUCUGCGCCCUCUGCAACGACUCCUCCCUGGACUACAACGAGGCCAAGGGGGUCUACGAGAAGGUGGGGGAGGCGACGGAGACGGCGCUGACGUGCCUGGUGGAGAAGAUGAACGUCUUCAACACCGACGUCAGGGGGCUCUCCAAGGUGGAGAGGGCCAAUGCCUGCAAUGCUGUGAUCAAGCAGCUGAUGAAGAAGGAGUUCACCCUGGAGUUCUCCCGGGACCGUAAAUCCAUGUCCGUUUUCUGCUCCCCGGCCAAGGCCUCGAGGGCGGCCGUGGGCAACAAGAUGUUCGUCAAGGGAGCCCCCGAGGGGGUGAUCGAUCGCUGUAACUACGUCCGCGUGGGCACCACGCGGGUGCCGCUGACGCCGGCGGUGAAGGAGAAGAUCCAGGCCGUGAUCCGCGAGUGGGGCACGGGGCGGGACACGCUGCGCUGCCUCGCGCUGGCCACGCGGGACACCCCCCCAAAAAGGGAGGAGAUGGCGCUCGAGGACUCCGCCAAGUUCGCCGAGUACGAGACGGACCUGACGUUCGUGGGCUGCGUGGGGAUGCUGGACCCGCCGCGCAAGGAGGUGAUGGGGUCGAUCCGGCUGUGCCGCGACGCCGGCAUCCGCGUCAUCAUGAUCACCGGCGACAACAAGGGCACGGCCAUCGCCAUCUGCCGCCGCAUCGGCAUCUUCGGCGAGGACGAGGACGUGUCGGGCCGCGCCUACACCGGCCGCGAGUUCGACGACCUCCCCCUGGGCGAGCAGCGCGAGGCCUGCCGGAGAGCCUGCUGCUUCGCCCGCGUCGAGCCCACCCACAAGUCCAAGAUCGUCGAGUUCCUGCAGUCCUUCGACGAGAUCACCGCCAUGACCGGGGACGGGGUGAACGACGCGCCGGCGCUGAAGAAGGCGGAGAUCGGCAUCGCCAUGGGCUCGGGCACGGCCGUGGCCAAGACGGCCUCGGAGAUGGUCCUGGCCGACGACAACUUCUCCACCAUCGUGGCGGCCGUGGAGGAGGGCAGGGCCAUCUACAACAACAUGAAGCAGUUCAUCCGCUACCUCAUCUCCUCCAACGUGGGCGAGGUCGUCUGCAUCUUCCUGACGGCGGCGCUGGGGCUGCCCGAGGCGCUGAUCCCGGUCCAGCUGCUCUGGGUGAAUUUGGUGACCGACGGACUCCCGGCCACGGCCCUGGGGUUCAACCCCCCCGACCUGGACAUCAUGGACAAGCCCCCCCGCAGCCCCAAGGAGCCCCUCAUCAGCGGCUGGCUCUUCUUCAGAUACCUGGCUAUCGGAGGGUACGUGGGGGCCGCCACGGUGGGCGCGGCCGCCUGGUGGUUCCUCUUCGCUGAGGACGGGCCCAGCGUCACCUACCACCAACUGACCCACUUCAUGCAGUGCUCGGAGCACAACGUGGAAUUCGAGGGCCUCGACUGCGACAUCUUCGAGUCCCCGGUGCCGAUGACGAUGGCGCUGUCGGUGCUGGUCACCAUCGAGAUGUGCAAUGCCCUGAAUAGCCUGUCAGAGAACCAGUCCCUGGCGCGGAUGCCGCCCUGGGUGAACAUUUGGCUGGUGGGCUCCAUCUGCCUCUCGAUGUCCCUGCACUUCGUCAUCCUCUACAUCGACCCCCUGCCCAUGAUCUUCAAGCUGACCCCGCUGACCCUGACCCACUGGCUGAUGGUGCUCAAGAUCUCCUUCCCCGUCAUCCUCCUGGACGAGACCCUCAAGUUCAUCGCCAGGAACUACCUGGAGGCGUGACCUUGCCCCGCCCCCCCGGGCCUGGCUCCG